GGAAGACCUGUAAGUGAGAAAGAUCAAGUCUGUGACAGCGGAGAAACUUGAGUUUCAUAACAACUGAUAAUUGUACACAGGAUCGUCAAUAAUGACAGCCCAUGAACUUGACCGCACUGCUUAUCUCAACCUUUCUUUGUCAGGCUAACAGAGAAAGCAUACAAUGUCCUUGAAGCCACGGGUGGUGGAUUUUGACGAGACAUGGAACAAACUACUGACAACAAUCAAGGCAGUUGUGAUGCUCGAUUAUGUAGAAAGAGCUACGUGGAACGACCGGUUUUCUGACAUAUAUGCCCUGUGUGUUGCAUACCCAGAGCCCCUGGGUGAGAGGUUGUACACAGAGACCAAGGUGUUUCUUGAGAAUCAUGUCCGACAGUUAUAUAAGAAAGUCCUGGAGUCAGAGGAGAAGGUUUUAGUGAUGUACCACAGAUACUGGGAAGAGUACAGUAAGGGAGCUGACUACAUGGACUGCUUAUACAGGUAUCUCAACACUCAGUUUAUCAAGAAGAACAAGUUAACAGAGGCAGACCUCCAGUAUGGCUAUGGAGGGGUGGACAUGAAUGAGCCGCUCAUGGAGAUUGGAGAGCUGGCACUUGACAUGUGGAGGAAACUGAUGAUCGAGCCCCUUCAAGGUGUCCUGAUCCGGAUGCUGCUGAACGAAAUCAAAAAUGACCGUUGCGGUGAGGACCCCAACCAGAAGGUAAUUCAUGGGGUUAUCAACUCCUUUGUUCAUGUUGAACAGUACAAGAAGAAGUUCCCGCUAAAGUUUUAUCAGGAAAUCUUUGAAGGGCCAUUUCUGACAAAAACGGGAGAGUAUUACAAACAGGAAGCCUCCAAUCUUCUUCAAGAGUCCAAUUGUUCACAAUAUAUGGAAAAGGUCUUAGCACGACUGAAAGAUGAGGAAGUCAGAUGUCGAAAAUACCUACACCCCAGUUCCUAUGCCAAAGUCAUCCACGAAUGCCAGCAGAGGAUGGUGGCAGACCACCUUCAGUUCCUUCACGGAGAGUGCCAGAAUAUCAUCCGGCAGGAGAAGAGAGACGACAUGGCCAAUAUGUACACCCUGCUCCGAGCUGUUUCCAGCGGUUUACCUCACAUGAUCCAGGAGCUACAGGUCCAUAUCCACAAUGAGGGCCUUCGUGCCACCAGCAACCUCUCUCAGGAAAACAUGCCAACCCAGUUUGUCGAGUCAGUGCUAGAGGUUCACAGUAAAUUUGUUCAGCUCAUUAACACAGUUUUGAAUGGGGAUCAACACUUCAUGAGUGCACUUGAUAAGGCAUUGACAUCAGUGGUGAACUACAGGGAGCCUAAGUCCAUCUGCAAAGCCCCUGAACUGCUGGCCAAGUACUGUGACAAUCUGCUGAAGAAGUCUGCAAAGGGAAUGACGGAAAACGAGGUGGAGGACAAGCUGACCAGCUUCAUCACAGUGUUCAAGUAUAUUGAUGACAAGGAUGUCUUUCAGAAGUUUUAUGCCAGAAUGUUAGCAAAACGGUUAAUACAUGGCCUGUCAUUGUCAAUGGACUCAGAAGAAGCCAUGAUCAACAAACUAAAGCAAGCGUGUGGCUAUGAGUUCACGAGUAAGCUCCACAGAAUGUACACAGACAUGAGUGUAAGUGCCGACCUCAACAACAAGUUCAACAAUUUCAUCAAGACGCAGGAGACAGUGGUGGACCUAGGCAUCAGCUUCCAGAUUUACGUAUUACAGGCAGGAGCCUGGCCCCUCACACAUGUCUCUUCCUCCACCUUCGCUAUCCCUCAAGAACUAGAGAAGAGUGUACAGAUGUUCGAGUUGUUCUAUAAUCAGCACUUCAGUGGAAGAAAGUUGACCUGGCUGCACUAUCUCUGCACAGGAGAGGUAAAGAUGAACUACCUGUCCAAGCCCUAUGUGGCCAUGGUGACCACCUACCAGAUGGCCGUGCUGUUGGCCUUCAACAACAGCCAGAUGGUAGCGUAUAAGGAGCUACAGGACAGCACCCAGAUGAAUGAGAAGGAGCUGCAGAAGACCAUCAAGUCCCUGCUGGAUGUCAAGAUGAUCAACCAUGACUCGCAAAAGGAGGAAAUUGAAACAGAGUCCACAUUUUCACUAAAUAUGAGUUUCACCAGUAAAAGGACAAAGUUCAAGAUCACAACAUCGAUGCAAAAGGACACACCACAGGAGAUGGAGCAAACGCGGAGUGCUGUAGACGAGGACCGUAAAAUGUAUUUACAAGCUGCUAUAGUGAGAAUCAUGAAGGCCCGUAAGGUGCUCCGACACAACGCCCUCAUCCAGGAGGUCAUCAACCAGUCCAAAGCCAGGUUCAACCCCAGUAUCAGCAUGAUCAAAAAGUGCAUUGAAGUGCUCAUCGACAAGCAGUACAUCGAGAGAAGUCAGAGCUCGGCGGACGAGUACAGUUACGUUGCAUAAACAGAAGAGUGGAACCAAGAGGAGCACCCACACACACCCGCCCAUCUGAAUGACCAGCAGACGCAGGUCUAAAACGUAAAAGGAAAAAAGUAUAAAAAGAACAGGUUAAGACUCAUUAAUACAUGACGUUUUGGACUGUCACUGCCUUGUGUGAUCCUGUGGGGAGGACUGAAGCAGGACUGGUAUCUCCAUCUUGGAUGUUAGACAGCCAACUGAAACCACCAUGCGUGAGACCACCUUGCCCCUAAAUCCCCCACCGUCUGAUUUUAUGCUGUUUACAACAUCACCAGUGCCACGCACCUGUGCGUUAAUGAAGAAAAAAAAAAAGCCUAUAGCCCCCCGAGCAGAAAGCACUGAUGAAUACAUUUAGUCGACCUAGCGGAAAACAGUAAAUCAAAAUAAAUGGCGAAAGAGCUGUGACAUUGGUGAAACUUUAUCGGCAAAACAGAUAAAAACAUGCUUUCUUUUCUCAUGUUUGCAGUUGUUUGUGUGUGUGUGUGUUUAUUUUAUUUUCUUUUUUUAAAUGUACCGAAACUAGGAAAAACCUUGUAAUAAAACUGGUAUACUGACUAUUGUAAAGAAAAAAAAAAGAGGUGACAAACAUGAUCCUGCUGCUUGUC